AUGGCGUCGGAGGAGGGGCACACGGUGUAUCUGGGCGGGCUGCCGUUCGACAGCGACGAGGGGGCCAUCAAGAAGGUCUUCGAAGAGUUCGGCGAAGUCCUUUCCGCGAAGGUGAUAUACGACAGGGAGACGGGCAAGGCGAGGGGGUUCGGCUUCGUCACCUUCGCAUCGCCCAAGGCAGCUCAGGACGCCAUCAAGGCCAUGGACGGCGAGAUAGUGGACGGGAGGCCAAUCAAGGUGUCGGAGGUGCGCAGGCGGGGAGACGGGGGGUUCUUCCGCCAGUCCUCCUUCGAGCGAGACCGCGAACGGCCCCGAGGUGGUGUUGCUCGCCGCCCCUCCAUGUCCCCACCUCGCCGCUCCCACUCCCCACCGUCCCGCGUCCGCUGUAAGCCUCUCUCUCCCCUCACUCUCUUCACUCCCUCACUCUCUUCACUCCCUCACUCUUGUCACUCCCUCGCCCUCUUCACUCCCUUGCUCUCUCCACUCCCUCGCUCUCUUCACUCCCUCGCUCUCCUCACUCCCUCGCCUUCUUCAUUCACCCUCCCCACUCCUUCGCCCGCAGCUCUCCCGUGCCCUACCGCCCUGCCCUGUCGUCAUGCCACCCUUGAUCUCUCCAGACAACCCUUCCGUUCUCAGCCUUAUUCCCGCACAUCCUCCGCUCCCCUUCGCUCUCCCCCUCCGCCCAUCCCCCUUCCUUCUCCCGCACCUCUCCCCCUUUGCCUGGCAGACCGCAGUCGCAGCCCCCGAGGGGGAAGCCCCUAUGCUUCCCCCGACCACCCCCCUGCUGGCCGCAGCAAUGGGGGAGGGCCGGGGGGAGGGGGAGGUGGGAGGGGGCGGAGGGGAGGGGAGGAUGAGAUGGGGCGGGGGCGGGGGGAGGGGGAGUAUGAUGAGGACGAGCGCCUGCCGCCCGAGGCAUCUGGACACGUGGCGCUGCGCCAGGCUCCCCACGGGCAAGCAAGGGAGGGUGCAGGGGGAGAGGGGGGAAGGGUGGUGCGGGGUCAAGCAAGUCAAGCGGGUCAAGGGGGUCAAGGGGGUCAGGGGGGGCAGGGGGGCGAGUCGCUGGAUGCUCUGCGGGCGGCAGUGGAGCGAGCAAGGCGGGAGAAGCAGAGCGUGGCUGCACAGAUGCAGCAGCUGGAGCAGGCGCUACAGAGGGCAACGGCCACGGAAGUGAGGCUCAAGGAGAGAAUCAAGGUGCGUGUGCUGGCAAGGGGAACAGCACGGUGGGGUGAGACAGGGAGAGGCAAGAUCGGGUGCGAGGGGGAACGUGAAGGUCUCCUGUACACUCCCACCGCUCCCACCACUCCUGAACUUCGCACCAUUAUCAGCACUUACGUGACUCCCUUCUCUCCCACCAUUCCCACCACGCCACCACUCGUGAUGCUCGGAAUAUGGUCCGCACACCGCCACCGUGAACAGGUGCUGGAAGCGGCCAAGAAGCAGGUGGCUGCUGGGUACGAGGAGAAGCUGGCGCUGCACAGCAAGGUGGGCGCGAUUUGA